CACAACCCCCACCUCCCCCGCCACGGCCCAAGGAGCCACCAUGCGGAUGCGGCGCCUCCUCUCCGUUCCCUUUCGCCGCGGUCUCUCCGCCGCCGCCACCGCCGAUCCCAGCCUGGCCUCCUCUGCGGAACACGCGUACCGCCUCCUCCGCCGCCACCACUCCGACCCGCAGAGGCUCGCAGCCGCGCUGUCCGCCUCGGGCCUCGACCCCUCCUCGCCACACCUCCUCGACGCCGUCCUCCGCCGCUGCGGCGCCGCCUCCUCCCUCGCUCUGCACUUCUUCCACUGGUGCUCCCCGUCGCUGCCCUCGCCGCUCCCGUCCUCCCUCGCGCUCCUCGCCAAGUCCAUCUCCCGCUCCUCCUCCUCCGCGCCGUCCCCCUCCCUCCUCGCGCCGCUCCCCUCCCAGCUCCUCGGCCCCUCCCUCCUCUGCCCUGUCCUCCGCCGCCUCCCGCAACCGCGCCUCCUGCCGUUCGCGCUCUCGCUACUCUCCGCCCGCCCCGACCACGAUCACCCCGCCCUCUUCCUCUCCCUCCUCGAGUCCCUCUCCAAGGCCGGCCACGUCGCCACCGCCGAGCAGCUUGUCGAGGAGCUCCAGCCCCGGAUUCCACUUUCGCUCCGCCACUACACGGCUCUGCUUUACGGGUGGUGCCGCCAGGGCAAGCUCGACGAGGCUAAGCACGUGCUGGCUCGCAUGAAGGCUGCGGAUGUCGCCCUCGACGUCGUGGCCUUCAACACUCUGCUCGCCGGCUUCGUAGCGGACGGGAGGUUCGAGGACGCGUUCGAGCUCGCGCGGGAGAUGGAGCGGCGUGGCUGCCCGCCGAAUGCGGUGUCGUACACCACCCUGAUGCAGGGGCUGGGCGCGAGGGGGAGGGUCGAUGAGGCCAUGCGGGUGUUUGUGGAAAUGCGGAGGAAGGGAUGCGCGCCGGAUGCCCUCACAUACGGCACACUGGUUAGUGCGUUUUGCAAGACUGGCAAGAUAUCCCAGGGGUACGAGUUCUUGGACGCCAUGUCAAGGGAAGGCCUGCGGGUGGAUGCUGCCGUGUACCAUGGGUUCUUUACAGCGCAUGAGAAGAAGGAACAGCUCGAGGAGUGCUUGGAACUGAUGGAGAGGAUGAGGGAGUGCCGGUGUCCGCCAGACCUCAAGAUAUACAAUGUGGUGAUUCGGUUGGCCUGCAAGCUUGGGGAGACCAAGCAGGCCAUUGCAUUGUGGAAUGAGAUGGAAAAUGGUGGUCUCAGUCCUGGGGUCGAUACAUUUGCUAUCAUGGUCAGUGGGCUUGUUGGGCACGGGGCACUGAUUGAGGCGUGUAGUUAUUUUAAGGACAUGGCUGGGCGGGGGCUCUUCGUUGCACCACAAUAUGGAGUGCUGAAGGACCUCCUCAAUGCGCUGGUCAGAGAUGAGAAACUUGAGCUUGCAAAGGAUGUUUGGGAAUGUAUUGUUAGCAAAGGCUGUGAGCUCAACGUGAGUGCAUGGACCAUCUGGAUCCAUGCAUUGUACGCUAAGAAACAUGUCAAGGAGGCCUGCUUGUAUUGCUUAGACAUGCUUGAGGCAGGCCUGAUGCCACAGCCUGACACAUUUGCGAAGCUGAUGAAGGGAUUGAAGAAGCUCUACAACCGUCAGAUUGCAGCUGAAAUCACUGAGAAGGUGAGGAAGAUGGCUGAGGAGAGACAUGUUAGCUUUAAGAUGUAUAAGAGACGUGGGGUGAGGGAUCUUGAAGAGAAACCUAAAGCAAAGAGAAGGAGAGGGCAGAAAAAGAAUCGCCAUAGGCAGUCUGGUCAUGGUCAGUCUAGUAGUAAUGCUGAGCUUUUGGAUGCUUCCGAUAAAGAAGAAUUUUCUGGCUAAGUUAAAGUAGGAUUUGUAGAGGGCAAUGCAUCUCUGCUUAGUUGAAUUGUUCCAGGGAUUAGUGGACUUACAAAGCAAUAAAGAAGGAAAUGCUGGUGAUGGUACCUGAACAUCAAUGCAGUAUCCUUAUGCCAAAGAUGUAUCAGGUUUCAGUCUUCAGCCAAGAGCCAAGUGGUAUCUUGAUUACGUCUGAAGUUCAUGGUCCAAUAUCUGUUCAUGCAGAUAUUUGGAGGAUUACUGACCCAGAGGAGGGAUUUGAUUCAUAGUAGCUUCCCUCCAUAGAUUUGGCAGCCAGGAGUUGCAGCUGGCAGCUGCAUUUGAUGUUGCAGAAUGGCACUGCUCAAGCUGCAAUAGCUGUCUAAUACCACCAGAGGCACUUCAACUGGCAAUCUGGCAUGAAUCGAAGAUGCCGGGGGUAUGAAGUGGCGCCCUGCUACAUCAUUUGAGGAAUUAUUCCUCUUGAUUUACUUGCUUACCCAUUACUUUUGCAAGUUUAUCUAAUGCAAUUAGCUAAAGAACAGUCACCGUGACGAUUCAGGCUUUAAACCCUAUUCAUGAACCACCUGUGUUAUAAUAUGUCCUUUCUGAUAACUCAGGUUUGCUGAGAAAAAUAUGCACGAGUUAAGGUGGGUACUCGUGUUCUUCCA